AUGGGUAAUAAUAAACUAAGUCAAAUUAUUUUUAAAGAUGUUGUUUAUUAUUUGAUUAAUAAUGAAUCAUCAUUCUCAAAUAUAUUAAAUAUUGCAUUGAUUUCCAAAUCAACUUUUAAAAAUGUUCAAAAUAUAAUAGUAAAUCAAAAAAUAGAUAAUAAAGAUCCCAUUUAUUUUAAUUUAUCGGAAUUUCUUUUAUAUUUAAUCAAUUCAAUGACAAAUUCAAAUGAAUAUGACAAAGUUUUAAUUCAAUAUAAAAGUAUUAAAGUGUUAUAUACAAAGAUAAAAUAUUUUCCAAUGGAUGGCGAGUAUUUGGAUAUUAAAGGUCCACUUUGCGAGUUUUGUCCAAAAUUGCAAUCUGUAGUAUUUUUAAGAGCUUUUUAUAGCUAUGAAAAUCCCUUACCCCUCGAUGGUCCAUACUUCAAUGAGGAGGAGCAACCAGAAGAUAAUAAAUUGUUUAAAUAUAAAAAAAUUUCAAUUUUAUAUGAUGAGGAAACCGGUUUACCAUGCUCUAGCGAACAGGAAAAUAACUACUCAAUUGGAUAUUCAUUUUCAUUCCUAUCAUGUUAUGACCCUCUAAAAUUAUCAAUUUCAUUAACCCCAAAUAAAAAAAAUAAAAUAAUUAAUAAUUUUAGCGGGAUUUUUAAAAAUGGUGGAAAAUCUUUAGGAUCAAUAGAAUUUAAAAAAAAUCACCCAACACCUUAUAAAUUUUUAGAGCAAUCAUUAAAAACAAAUAAACAAAACAUCAAGUCAUUAAAACUUAGAUAUAAUAAUAUAUCAUUUAUAAAUAUUAAAGAUGAAGAUAACAGCGAUGAUGAAGAUGAAGAUGAGGAUGAAGAAGAUGAGGAUGAAAAUGAACAUGAAGACGAAAUAGAAAAAGAAAUUGUAAAUAGUAACGAUCAAUAUUUAAAAGAAUUAGCAUCAGUAUAUGACUAUAAUAAACUUAUAGAGUUUUCAGUUAAAAUUUCAAAUUUACCCCAAUCAAAUAAAACAUUAGAAAAAUUAUUAUUUAGAAAGUGUUUGGAUGACGAUGACAGCAACGAUGGUGAUAAUAUUAAAAUAAAUAACAACAAUGAUAAACCCAGCUUAUUAAUUAAUCAAUUAGUUUGCAACUCAACUUUAAAAACACUAGGUUUAGAAUUCUAUGACAUUACCACAAGUUUAGAACUAUCACAACUAUCUCAAAUACCAAAUAUUACAACACUUUAUUGCAAUAUUAAUUCAGUUAAAUACUUUUUCCAACAUUGCUUUGAUAAUCCUAAUAUAAAGAAAUUAAUAGUCACUAAUGAGGAAAUAAUCAAUGAAGUUGAUCCUGAUGUAUAUAAAUCUUUUUCAGAUUUCUUCAAAUCAAAUACAACUCUUUAUACAAUCAUUAUAAAAUUAAAUAAUAAUGAAAUUUCAAAUAAUAUUAAAAAAUUAUUUUUUGAAUCAAAUAAUCAAUCACAUUUAAACUUUUUAAAUAAAUAA